AUGGGACACAAGGGGGCUGGGUUCAAGUCUAGAGUUUACAAUGCGCAAGCAGUGGUUAUUGACAAUGGCUCUGGAGUGUGCAAGGCAGGAUUCUCUGGAGAAGUCGGUCCACAGAAAGUCAUUGCCUCAGUUCUUGGAUGCCCCAGAAGCAAGCUAUCCCUAUCCAAGGCCAAGCAAAAGGAAUGCUACAUAGGGGAAGAAGCCCAGAGUAAGCGAGAAGCAUUGGCCUUGAGGUACCCCAUAGAAGGUGGCUUUAUUAACUCGUGGGAUGACAUGGAAAAGAUCUGGAAGUACAUCUACGACAAAGGGCUGGGAGUCAAACCUUUCGAGAGGCCUCUGUUCAUGACUGAAUCUCCGCUGAACCCGAAGGAGGAUCGAGCCAAGCUCACUCAACUGAUGUUUGAACGCUUUAAGGUCCCGGCUUUCUACCUCUCCGUCCCAGCCAUACUGUCUCUCUACGCUUCAGCACGCUAUACAGGGGUCGUGAUGGACAGCGGCUUUGGCACCAGCCUUGCUGUGCCAGUUUAUGAGGGGUACUGCUUGCCCCAUGCGGUCACCAGGCUGGAACUUGGUGGCAAAGAUGUCACCGCGCUCCUGAGAGAACUUCUCCUGGAAAACAGACACUUCUUCCGAACCUUCCCAGAAGGGAACAACUUUGCGGAGGACAUCAAAGUGAAGCUGUGCUUCGUGGCUGUGGACUCCAGCCAGGAGCAGAAAUCAAAGUUGAUCCCCAAAGAGUAUGAACUUCCCGAUGGAAACAGGAUCAAAAUUGGUGACCCUCUCUUCCUAGCACCAGAGAUCCUGUUCACACCCAGCAGCAUCCACAGAAAUGGGCCGGGCCUCCACAAAAUGAUCGCCAGGAGCAUCAAGAAGUGCGACCCCAGCAUCCGCCGUGAUCUUUACGGCAACAUGCUGCUUGCCGGGGGUUCCUCUCUCUUCCCAGGACUGGAUGAGAGGGUUUUUAAGGAGCUAGAAAAUCAAGUUCCUCAAGGGGUCCCCAUCAAGGUAAUCUCACCCCCCGAUCGGUGGUUUUCAACAUGGAUUGGAGGCUCCAUCAUCACAUCUAUGAGCACCUUUAAGCAGAUGUGGGUCACUGCCACCGACUACAGAGAAUAUGGACCAAACAUUGUACAGAGGCGGUGCUUUUAA